GGCCGUCUCCCCUCAGUCAAGUCAUCCCCACUAGUAUCCUCUGUCCUCGUCCCAACCCCUCUCGCCUGCCGCAGGGCUGUCCGGUACAUCUCAGGAGACAAUUUUAUCAUAAUGUCAUUCGCAUCAACAGCCAGAGUGGUUGCAGCAGGAACUGCCGCCGCUGCAUCACUCACAGCAGACUUUGCGCCAGUACCUUUCCUCGCCCCAGCUGUGGGCAUCGUCGUCGGCAUACUCCAGCUGUGUGAUAAUGUGCGAACAAACAAAGUUGAAGUCCGCGAACUAGGCGGACGGUGUACUGCGCUGCUCUAUGCGCUUAAGGAUAGUAGCACCGGUUGCGCGCCAGAGAUCAUACAAAACCGAGUCGAGUCGAGUCAGGAGCUGUUAAAUGGCAUUCAGACAAAGAUGAAGAUCUGGGUACAAAAGUCCACGGUCUCACAGUUCUUCCUUCAGAACGACAUCGCAGAGGACGUCAGGCGCUGCAACCAAGCGAUUGAUACCUUUCUCGAAUCCUUCAACAUUACUUCCGCGAUGGAGACACAUCGAUGGAUGACCGACUUUGAGAAGCAGAGGCAGGAAGACCAUGCCGAAAUGAUUGCUUAUUUCUCAGACGUUCAGAAUAAUCAACAAAUUUCCCGGGAAACUCAGGUUACGAUGGCCUCUGACACUGCUAAGAUAUUGGCUAUGAUGGAACGCAUGCAAGAUUUCAUGGGUAGCUACCCGGUUGGCGAUUACCGUCAUAGGGGACUUCAACAGAACCUCCUCACUAUGCAGAGGACUUCUGGUCAACUUCUGCCCAAGGUUGAACUGAGACAUGGUGAGGUCCGCCGUGUCAGCAGCAAUCCAGUCGGUGGGAGCGCAGCGUUCGAUAUCUGGCAGGGAGAAUACCUUGGACAGGAGAAGUGCGCUAUUAAAGUCGUCCGAGGUAUCGAAGUCACGCCUAAAAUCCGAGACCGCUUCUUGCGAGAAGUUGGAAUCUGGAGAAAGGUAUGGGAGAUGGACAAGGGAGAGUAUAUGCUGCCAUUCUGGGGUGCUUGCCUUACCGAUGGGCCUUAUCCGUACAUGGUUAGCCCUUGGAUGCCGUAUGGCGAUGCGAUCACGUACGUCAACAAAUAUCCAUACGUUAACCGGAAAAAAAUCAUCCGGCGAAUUGCGGAAGGCUUGAGGCUGUUGCACACAUAUACGCCUCCAAUUGCACAUGGUGAUAUCAAGGGUGCCAACAUCCUCAUCGACGAGAAGGGUAACCCACUCCUCGCUGAUUUCGGUCUUUCAAAGAUGAUGGAAGACCUAACUGGCAUGCCGUUCACGCAGAGUCGGGGUGUGUCUGAAUCGUAUAGAUGGUUCGCACCCGAGCUGUGCUCUGCUCCGGGUGUAUUGAGCCCCGCAUCGGACGUCUUUGCAUAUUCCAUGACAGUACUCGAAUUAAUGACUGGCCAGCCACCCUUCUCGCAUAUCAAGCGUACACCAGAGGUGCUCAUCAAGAUGCAACAAGGUGAACGUCCACGUAGGCCCGAGAGUCCAGAAAUUAUCGAGCGUGGGUUGGAUGAUAACCUUUGGGACUUGUUGACGCGUUGCUGGGUUGAGGAUCCGGCUGCUCGACCUUCGAUACAUGAGGUUAUUGCAGAGUUGCCGACUGAUUAGAGCUGAGUAGACAAUUUGACGAGACCUGUUAGGUUGAGGUGCUUGUGUGUAUUGUAUUAUCCUGUUUUCUUUUUGCAGUCCCAGUUCUCCCUUUUAUAUCUUGCUAGCUUCACUGCUUUCUUGUGCUUUGUUGUCCGCUGUGAACACCUGUUCCUGUUCUUGCGUAAUAUUUCAUGUGCAUUACAUAACCCGGUCUUGUUUGCAUACAUACCUCGCUUUCUCCUCAUUCUCUUAGUAUAUGUGCCAACUACUAUUUUG